GACUGUCAGAGCAGCCCCGGGGCCCAGGCCCCGCCUUGUUUCCUGGGGAUUCUCAGGUCUCCACCCCAGCGCUCUCUGGAUCUCACCAAGGGAAGAGGACCUGGGCCAUCCCCAGCCAGGCAGACACCGCCCCGGGGACCUGGGCCCGCAGCAUUUUGGUUUAUGGAAUCCUCUAGAGGGAGUCUGGCCUCGGUGGAAGGAGAAGAGACUGGCCAAAGGCAGAGAGGAUCCCUCUGGCAUGGCCACCCCGAAAGAGACACGGACUCCCCGAGGGGACUUGCAGGCAGGAGUUACUCACCAGACACCGACGGGACACCGGAGAGGCGUGGUGAACGUGCGGCCGGCAAGGGAAAGAAAUGUAAAAAAAUCAUUUCCUGGCAGUCCUAGAGGAUCGAAGUCCAGAAGAAUGCUCGGGAUGUCGACAAGAUUGCUUCUGCCCAGCAGAUGGCUGGCUGCUUACCUUCUCAUGCAGGGCCUUCUCUGCGCCUCCUUGUCUGUCCACUUCUGCAGAUAAGGACACUGAUCUGGUUUGCUCAUCAGGGUGAUGGCUUCAUUUUCACUUGACUACCUCCUUAAAGGCUCUCCCUACAAUCCCAGAUGGUGAGGAUCAAGGAGGGCUUCCCCACUGGAGGGGAGACGGUGCAACAUUGGGUGGAAUUCAGCUUCAGAUCCCCUUCUAGACACAUGGAAUGAAGAAUUAAACCUGUCUGCAAAGGGAGAUGUAGAAUGAAGAUGGCUUGGCCCCAGUUAUGGAGGAGGCCUACGGGUCAGAGGUCAUCGAGGCAAGCACACCGGAGGAGCAAGUAGAGGGCUUGCUGCGUGCCCAGUUGAUCCAGGACACCAUCUUCAUUAAUAAUUUCUUGGACACCUACAGGAUGUUUCAGAACACCCACGAGGUCGUGGAUCUACUCUUCAACAGGUUCUGGACUUUUGAAGCCCCCAUGGGCUGCUCAGGAAGGACUGCUGCCCUUCCCCACUGCAGCCAGGAGAUGAUUCCUCGGGACCAGCGCUGCUAUGCCAUCUCGGGGCUCAUAAACACCUGGCUGGACCGCCGCCCGCAGGACUUCUUGGAAGCUGCCCAGCAUCCGUGCCUCCAACGCCUCCGGGCUCAACUGCGGCUCCAUAUGUGUGGCUCCGAGCUGGAGCGCCAUGUCUCCCAUCUCCUGGCGCAGUUGGGGAUCCAGGAAUCCAUCCCGGGCGAGGCUACGGCUCCGGCAGCAGCCGCCCUGGUGGCUGUGACCCCGACUCGCGAGCUGGCUUCCGCUCCCAGCCGGAGGGUGGCCCUCUGCACGCUGGGUGGAACAGCGACGGCUGCCCGAGCGCAGGCCCCUUCAGCCUUGAAUCCGGCUGGCAGGCGUCGGGGAGCCCAAGCUGCGUGUGUGGAUGAAGAGCCACGGGCCACGCCGGCUCUGCUGCCUAGGCCUGAAGGGGCACGAGCAGCCCGCGGGGAGGCGUCAUCAUCCCCCACUUGGGCUUCGGAGCUUAGUGGCCAGGGACCAGCGGCGGCCGGUGCUGAGCUGGAGCCCUCCUGCUCCGGGGCUCCGGGGUUGAGUGGAGGAGAAGCAGCGGUGCGCUCUGGGGAGAUGCAGCCCUGCUUCAGCUUGUUACCUGUGCUCGGGGCCCAGCCUGCCCCAGAAGCCAUCGCUGAGGCAGAGCCAGCGUCCACCUUGGCUCCCCUUCUAAGCGCUAGAUCUUCAUUCUUCACUCCUGAGCUGGAGCUGCUCAUGUACUUAGCGCUGCUGCUCUUUGACCUGGGAGCUCCGGCUGCGCUGCUCUGUGGACUCGCAGUACUGGCUCUGCUGCUCUGUGCCAUGCAGGCUCUAGGCUCCCGUGUCCCAUCGGAGCCAGCGUCCCCCAUGGCUCGGGGCCCCGGUGCUGAUGGAGCUCCAGCAUGGAGUGCUGCCGACAGGGAGCCGUGUGCCAGCGGGGCUCCCAUGGUCCCUUGCAGCCAGCCGGCCUCCAGUGGUGUGCCGGCAGUGGACCUGAUCCAGAUCCUGGCGCUGCUUGUCUUCCGAGGACCCGAAGGCAUGCUCUCAGAUGUGGGAGUUCGCUUUCUGAUGCUCCAUGCGUUGAGAUCAUUCAAUUCUUGUGCCCAAUCAGAGUCACCUACCAGCUUGGCUCUGGUGCACAGUGCUCAGGGAGCAUUGGGAAGUAGCGUUGACGAUGAGGCCAGUUUGCCCUCGUCUCCUCCUCUCAGUCUUCAAGACCCGGACUGCAGUGCAGACCUGGAGGUGCUUCUCUCCUUAAGUGUGUUGUUUUACCGUUUUGGAGCACCAGCUGUGGCGCUCUUUGUGGUUGGAUUUCCGGCCAUGGUUCUUGUCGUGGUGAGAGCUAUAGCCUGUCACGCGGGCUUGGAGCCAUCGGCCACCUGGGCUCAGGUGCGCAGUAGAGAUGAAGCUCCAUCCUCCAGGCCUGCCGUGAAGCCACGAUCUAGCUCUGCUCCAGGAUUCAGUGUCGGAGACGCAGCUCCCAGGGCAGAGCUGGACCUCUUUCUGCCCGCGGCUGCGGUGCUGGCUCUGGUCCAGACACCCAUUCUGGCUUUGUGUGUGGGAGGAGCACUCGCUAUUGUGCUCCUCCUUGUAAGAGCCCCAAUUUGCCAGACUCCAUCUGGGAGUGCUCAGCUGGGGCCACAUUCCAGCAUGGUUUCGGGGCUCAGGCGUGAGGACACAGCAGCCUCCGGGGCCAAGAGGGAAGGCCCGAGAAGCUCGACGCCGGUGUCGGGCCUGCUUUGCACCGCAGCGGGCAAUGCCUGUGCUCCAGGGCUCGCUCAGGACAGCGCAGCUGCCUGGAGCCCUCAGCACGAGUCCCAUAACUGCCUGGCCACGGUGAAGGAGCAGGCUCCCUCCGCUUCUGGCCAUUCGGACCGGGAUUGGGCAGCAGUUCCUGCCCAAGAAGCUUGCCACCAUCUUUUGCUGGGCAGAGAGAUUGUGCGCAGCCGGAAGGAGCCUCCUGCCCUGACUGCAGUUCCCCAGCUGAUGUCGGAGCAGCUCCCCAGGAUGGAUGUGAAUGAAGAUGGCUUGGCCUCAGUUAUGGAGGAGGCCAGCGGGUCAGAGGUCAUCAUGGCAGGCACACUGCAGGAGCAAGUAGAGCGCUUGCGGCUUGCCCAGUUGAUCCAGGACUCAAGCUUCAUUUACUACUACUUGGACACCUACAGGAUGUUUCAGGACACCCAGGAGGUGGUGGAUCUACUCUUCAGCAGGUUCUGGACUUUUGAAGCCCCCAUGGGCUGCUCAGGAAGGACUGCUGCCCUUCCCCACUGCAGCCAGGAGAUGAUUCCUCGGGACCAGCGCUGCUAUGCCAUCUCGGGGCUCAUAAACACCUGGCUGGACCGCCGCCCGCAGGACUUCUUGGAAGCUGCCCAGCAUCCGUGCCUCCAACGCCUCCGGGCUCAACUGCGGCUCCAUAUGUGUGGCUCCGAGCUGGAGCGCCAUGUCUCCCAUCUCCUGGCGCAGUUGGGGAUCCAGGAAUCCAUCCCGGGCGAGGCUACGGCUCCGGCAGCAGCCGCCCUGGUGGCUGUGACCCCGACUCGCGAGCUGGCUUCCGCUCCCAGCCGGAGGGUGGCCCUCUGCACGCUGGGUGGAACAGCGACGGCUGCCCGAGCGCAGGCCCCUUCAGCCUUGAAUCUGGCUGGCAGGCGUCUGGGAGCCCAAGCUGCGUGUGUGGAUGAAGAGCCACGGGCCACGCCGGCUCUGCUGCCUAGGCCUGAAGGGGCACGAGCAGCCCGCGGGGGGCGUCAUCAUCCCCCACUUGGGCUUCGGAGCUUAGUGGCCAGGGACCAGCGGCGGCCGGUGCUGAGCUGGAGCCCUCCUGCUCCGGGGCUCCGGGGUUGA